AUGGUUACUGUAUGUGCAACCCCAGGUUGUGGCAAGUAUGCAAAGCUUCAAUGCCCAACUUGUUUCAAUUUAAAUCUUGACAACCCUUCAAAUUUUUGUUCACAAGCUUGUUUCAAAAGUUUUUGGCCAAUUCACAAAAUUUAUCAUCAACCAUCAACUGGAAAUAGUGAUGACUUACCAGCAAAGUUUAAAAAUUAUGACUUUACUGGUUCCUUAAGACCAGCAAAAGUUACUCCGAUGAGAAAAGUACCAGAAGGUAUUGAAUUACCUGACCAUGCUAUUAGUUCCAUUCCCCUAAAAGAAAAGGAAGCAUAUAGAAAGAAUGCACCAAUUAUCGUCUACAAACCAGAUGAAAUCGAAAUUAUGAGACAUUUAGCAAAAAUGUCAAGAGAAGUUUUGGAUAUUGCUGGUAAUGUAGCAAAAGUUGGUAUGACUACUGAAGAAAUUGAUAUUAUCGUUCAUAAUGCAAUUGUUGAAAGAGGAGCUUACCCAUCACCAUUAAACUAUUACCAAUUCCCAAAAUCAUGCUGCACAUCAAUUAAUGAAGUUAUUUGUCAUGGUAUUCCAGAUGAAAGACCAUUACAAGAUGGUGACAUUUUAAAUGUUGAUGUCUCAUUGUAUUGGAAAGGCUAUCAUUGUGACUUGAAUGAAACCUUUUUAAUUGGUAAUGUUGAUGAACAAGGAAAGAAAUUAGUUCAAACAGCUUAUGAAUGUUUAGAAUUAGCCAUUGCAAUUUGUAAACCAGGUGUACUCUACAGAGAACUUGGUAAUGUUAUUCAAAAGCAUGCAAAAAAGAAUGGUUUUUCUGUAGUCAAAAAUUUCUGUGGUCAUGGUACUGGUAGAUUAUUCCACUGUGUUCCAGAUGUUCCACAUUAUUCCAAUAACAAGGCUGUAGGUGUUAUGAAACCAGGUCACGUUUUCACAAUUGAACCAAUGAUUAAUGAAGGUACAUGGCAAGAUCAAUUCUGGCCAGAUGGUUGGACAGCUGUUACAGCUGAUGGUAAAAGAAGUGCUCAAUUUGAACAUACACUUCUUAUUACUGACACAGGUGUUGAAGUGCUUAGCAAAAGAGCCGUGGGCUCAUACAUAGAUAGACACUUUUAG